AUGAGUCGACCAUUCCAGAAUUACGACCCUUUCACCAAGAGCUUCAGGCCAUCCCUAUCCAAACAAUCCCAUAGCCGAGCAUCCGGAGGCAAGCUACCUGGCGGGGUAAGAUCUAAGCUGGUGUCGCACCCCGGCCCAGAAUUAAGCGGGCAGAGUGUCGACUUCUCCGACGAUGAAUUUCGACCAUCGAAACAGGUUUCAGUCAAUACUGGUGUGAUCGAUCUCACACGAACCGAUAUUGUGCCGCCGCCAGAACAGUAUGGGAGCCCGAAUGACAACCAUGUGGCCGACGACAGACCUACGGAGUCAGCCCCUUCGUCUUACACCAAUGUACCGAAACAAAAUGACAAGCCAAGCACGAGCGAUGCACAAAUAUCAACCCUUACAGUUCCGGGUACUGCUGAUUGUCUUCGUACCAACGGUGCUCGUCAUAAAGCGUCGCCACUUGCGAAGUUGAAGGAGACACAUCUUCAUCUAAGCAACGGAGAUCAGUCAGUGGCUCUCGUUAACCCUUCUGUUCAUGGCGCUGGGCAACUCGAUUCCCAGCCUUCGUCGACCAAUAUUGCCGAAAGCAACGUUGCACGCGCAGAAAAUAAUACCGGACAUGGUAUUUCGGCAACAGGAGAUUAUGAAGUCACUGUACUAGCUCCUGUUCGCAAUGAGAACGGUGUUUGGGAAUCCCCGGUCAAGGCUGAUGAAGACCAGCUCAUGGUUGACAUGGACAACCAUGGCAAUGGUCAAAUUGGCAAGUCUAUUCGAAGGACCUCCACCGGAUCGGGACGGGGCCAACCUGUUGACGUGGUCGCCGAUGCAGAGUGGGAGAUCACUGAGCUGAUUGGAAAAGAAGUCAUACAGGGAAAGGUACACUACUUGGUUCGUUGGCAGGCAACUCUUGUGCCAGAGGACGAGAUCAAUGCCCCUGAACUAAUAGGCAGGUUUGAGGCGAAGUUCGGGAUGAAAGCAAGUCCACAUAUGGGGUCCUCUGGGGGUACAAAGCAGACUCGCCCAACGAAGAUAAGGAAGAUCGACAACGAGGCGAAAGUCCGUCGUCGUCGGGGACGGCCUCGCAAAAGUGUGACGUGACGGGGGUGUUCGGCAGAGUAGCAAGGCAACAGUGAGGAGUAACUGCGCCCUCGACCAAUUCAUUCUGCGAUGCAAAUGAUUCUCCUUUUCAUUUUACUUGUAUACACGCGACUUUGAUCCAUUAGUCGAAUAUAAUCAAGUACUGUGGGAGAGCUUGAGCCUCCGCGCCUUCACGCUUACACUCGCCGGCGCCCCGUGGUUUCGCCAAUGCCGUGGCUACUAUCAGUGCAUUGCUAAACCUGCGAAUGACGGGAGCGAGGGACCAUGUACGGAAGCUCAGUGGCCACCUAAGUGAAUCAAUCGGAGAGCAGAUCGCUUGUAGAGGCCGGUGCCUACACUCGACCACCUAUGUGCCCUUAGAAUUUCUUCGUAUCGAAGCGCUGACUGGUCCUGUUGCUCAGUGACAUGUAUAUUACCAAGAGGGAAACACCAACGACAACAUUUAAUAAGCAGAUUCAGAACCUGGUUCGGGGCGAGGAUGGAUUCAUCGGCGGAGUCCGGCAGGAUCAUAAAGCGUACACGCUCGACCAAUAUGGCAAAGACGAACACACAUGGUGGCAUUUCGGAGUACAUUGAAGGUUCGC